GACAACUUCUGGAAGUGGCCUCCCUCACCCCCUGAAAAGUCAAUAAACCGAGACGGCUCUCCCAUAUAUGGACACACACACACACAAAAACAUAUAUAUAUAUAUAUAUAUAGUUUCAGCAUUUCAUGGUCUUCAUCAGUUCAUCAGGUAGCUCUAGCUCUCCUUGAGAGCAUACACACACACACACACACACAUAUAUAUAUAUCCACUCGAUGCUGUGAAGAUGAUGAACAAUACGAUCUUGCCUAGAGUUCUUGCUUUACUCAUUUGUGCAAUGUCCAUUUGCUUCCCAGCUUUCGCAUCUCAAGCCAACCUCAAUGCCAGUGAAGUUGCAGUGAGUUUACUUGUUAAUUUGAGUUUGAUUGUGGGGUUUACAGUGGACGUUCUGAAUCAAAUUGGCAAGACUUUGGGGAAGAAGGAUUGGGAUUUCAGUGUGGAUCCGUGCAGUGGACAGAAGGGCUGGGUCACCCAAAAUCCAGGUCAAGGGCUUGAGAAUGCAGUCUCCUGUGAUUGCUCCUUCAAGGACAGCACCGUUUGCCAUGUCACUAGCGUAGUUCUCAAAUCCCAGAAUCUUAACGGGACUCUCCCAAAAGAAUUUGUCAAUCUCCCUUACCUCCAAGAAAUUGAUCUUAGCCACAACUACCUUAACGGUACUAUCCCUCUAGAAUGGGGCACCACGCAACUAAUAAACAUCUCUCUCAUUGUAAACCGGCUAACCGGUCCAAUCCCAAAGGAACUUGGAAACAUUAGCACGCUUGCCAAGCUAACUGUGGAAUUCAAUCAGUUGUCAGGACUUAUUCCUCCGGAGAUUGGGAAUCUUUCUCUUUUAAACACACUACAUUUGAGUUCAAACAAUUUUACGGGGGAGCUGCCCGAAACACUCUCAAAGCUGACCAACUUGAAGGAGAUUCGGCUUAGCGACAACUACUUCACUGGAAAGAUACCCGAUUUCAUCCAGAGCUGGACAAAUCUUGACCAAUUAGUGAUGCAUGCUAGUGGUUUGGAAGGUCCAAUUCCUUCUGGCAUUCGUCUUUUGAUCAAAAUCACUGAUUUGAGAAUCAGUGACUUAAAUGGAACCCAAGCACAUUUUCCUCCCCUUAAUAAUAUGACAAGCCUAAAGUAUCUUAUAUUGCGGAAUUGCAAUCUUAAUGAAUCUUUACCUGAAUAUCUUGAGGCAAUGACAAGUUUGAAGACUUUAGACCUGAGCUUCAACAAGUUGAGUGGAAAAAUUCCAGACAGCUUUAGUAAUCUGGCAAAAACAGAUAACAUGUAUGGACUCCAAUAUUGGUGCUACCAUACUGUGAGCAACUGAUAACCAGACUAAUCUUUGUGAUAUUUGUUUUCCUUAGCAUCUUAACUAGGAACUUACUA